AUGCAAGACCCCUCCGACCCAAUCAGCGAAGCAGCCUCGGGAUCCGAAUCCAUCAACAUGUUGAAACAGGAGAUCGAGGAGAUCGAGAACGCGCUUGCCGAGAAGAAAACAGAAGUCGACAAGCUGAACCAGGCAUUGCUCGACCACAAGGAAGAGCUUCAAGAGCUCCAGCUUUCAAUGGAUAUCGAACGAGCCCGCGCUCUGGCGCCGGAUUUGUUCGACCCUAUCAGUCCAGAAGCCUCUCCCCGCAGCACAUUUGACAUCACUCUCCAAGUGACAAUCCAGGUUGGUGGCAACGUGCCAAAGUCAACCCACAGUUUCGAAAUGCCCGCCGUGAACUCCACCACUCUGAACGAAUUGAGGGCAAACAUUGUUUCGGUCGGGUCGGAAAACCGCGCGUUGCAGAGAAUGACGCUGUGGGAAGAUGCCAGCCUUGAGCGACUGAUCAAAGACCUCAACCGAGUCACAUUCAAGUUGGAGGAGGAUGGCCACGCGGCUAGUAUGAACAUCACCCCGACUAGAGUCGAUCGCCGCUGUGCUUUCCCAGAAACCGAGUACGGAGCCUGGUACUACAGAAACGUUCGUCGGGGCAAGAAGACCAUGUACGAGGUCAACGUCUACAUCACAGUCUAA